CAGUUGUAAUCUGUUGGACUUGAUAAAUAUGUUUGAUGAGUUUCUUUUCACAAUUUCUACAUAAAAUGAAGAAAAAAAAAAGUGUAGCACUAGAUUUUAAAAAGCAAAAUGUAUUAAGUCAAUAUUUUUUUUAUACUCCAGGUUAGUGUAUCAGUGAAUGUUUGAUUUCACGUUAAAAUUAACAAAAUUAAGGUGAGUAAUUGUGAUUUUACAAAACCUAGUGAGUAAAGUUUCUACAAAACAUUGUUUGCCUUUGAUUUCAUGGUGGGAGUAGUGAAGUCAUAUUGACUGAUUGUGAUUUUGUGAAUCCUACUACAAAAUCAAACAUGCAUUAAGUGAAUCUCAUACAUUAUAAACUAAAUGUCAUUAUCACUCUAUAAAUACAAACAGAAAGACCUUUACCUUAAAAUAUUGACAAUGUAAGUAAAUAAUUGAUAUAGUUUUACAGUUUUAAGGAUGAAAUUUUGUAUUUGUUUUAUUUCUUUCAUAAUCACAAGGCAACUCAAGGCGUACGGCACCCUAUGAAAAGUAACAUACCACUAAAAAAAUGUAUCCAUAUUUAAUUGAUGUUUUGUUUUUGUAAAGGGAAAAUAAAAGAAACAUACAACAUAAACUAGAGACUUGAUUCCUCUGUGGGUGGGACCAGUUACAUGCAAUGACUAGCUGACAACCUUUAAGCUUUCCAAAGUGUGAAACUAUGACUCUCUUAACUCUGUUUUCCCACUACUCCCAUACCUUAAACUACUCUUGCUUGUCACUGAAGAUUUCCUAAUUCUCCAAAAUAACAUAAGUUUCUUUUUCAUCUCCAUCAGAAUAUAAUGUCCUAUAUAUUAUUGUAAUGUUGCAAAUUUAUGAAAUCCUCACAAUUAUGAAUCUUAUCUCCAAUAAAACCCAAGUUUCUAUUUCAUACAUACACACUAUAUCCUGAUUUCCUCUGGCUCAGGAUAAUAUCUUUGUUUCUCACAUUAUAAAAUACAUUAUCAUGAUAUUCAUUUACUUCAUGCAAACUUCCUCUAUAUAAGUCACAAAGCAGCACACAAAUUUAACUCCAAACACAUUUGAAGCAAUGGAUUCUCUUCCUUGGCUCAGUCUUUUCUGCCUUUCAAUUUUUCCUCUUUUAGCUUCCUCUACUUUGCUCUUUCAGGGAUUCAACUGGGAAUCAAGUAGCAAAGGAGGAUGGUACAACUUGUUGAAGAACUCCAUUCCUGACUUAGCAAAUGCAGGAAUUACUCAUGUUUGGCUCCCUCCUCCAUCUCAAAGUGUUGGUUCUCAAGGGUAUCUUCCAGGAAGACUAUAUGAUCUUGAUGCAUCAAAAUAUGGUUCCAAGGAUGAACUAAAGUCCCUUAUAAAGGCCUUUAAUGAUAAAGGAAUAAAGAGCCUAGCUGACAUAGUAAUCAACCAUAGAACUGCAGAGAGAAAAGAUGGAAGAGGUAUUUACUGUCUCUUUGAAGGUGGGACCCCAGAUACAAAACUUGAUUGGGGUCCAUCUUUCAUUUGCAAAGAUGACACAACUUAUUCAGACGGCACUGGAAAUCUUGAUACUGGAGAAGAUUACAAUGCUGCACCUGACAUUGAUCAUUUAAAUCCUCAAGUACAAAGAGAGUUAUCUGAAUGGAUGAAUUGGUUAAAAACUGAAAUUGGUUUUUCUGGAUGGAGAUUUGAUUUUGUGAAAGGUUAUGCUCCUAGUAUAACAAAGAUUUAUGUGGAAAAUACUUCACCAGAUUUUGCUGUUGGAGAGUAUUGGAAUUCACUUUCUUAUGGACAAGAUGGAAAGUGUGAUUAUAAUCAAGAUAAAGCUAGAGGUGAACUUGUGAAUUGGGUUGAAUCUAGUGGUGCUGGUGUUGUUAAUGCAUUUGAUUUUACUACUAAAGGGAUUCUUCAAGCUGCUGUUGAAGGAGAACUUUGGAGGUUGAAAGAUUCGAAUGGAAAACCACCUGGUUUGAUUGGUUUGAAACCUGAAAAUGCUGUUACAUUUAUUGAUAACCAUGAUACAGGUUCUACUCAGAAACUUUGGCCAUUUCCUUCUGAUAAAGUUAUGCAGGGUUAUGCUUAUAUAUUAACACAUCCUGGGACACCAUCAAUAUUCUACGACCACUUAUUUGAUUGGGGACUGAAGGAGCAGAUAACAAAAUUGACAGCAAUUAGAGUGAGGAAUGGGAUCAACAUGAAAAGCACAGUGAACAUUCUAGCAGCAGAUGGUGACAUUUAUGUGGCAAAGAUAGAUAACAAGAUUAUUGUGAAGAUAGGUCCAAAGAUGGACCUUGGAAAUCUUGUUCCCUCAAAUUUCCACGUUGCUACCUCUGGUCAAGAUUAUGCCGUGUGGGAGUGACUAUAAAUUGAGUGCAAUACAGAAUAUAUUUGGUGUGUUUAUCAUUAAGUAUAUAUCAUGUCUUGUGUGGAAAAAUGCAACUCUCAACUAUAAUCUUGUAUGCUCCAUAAAAUAAAAACUUGUUUGUCAUACUGUUUUACCCGUUUCAUGAACAUAAUAUUUCCUAUUAUGAACUUGAAGUUAAUAAAUUUGAGUUAAAGA